GACCACAGAAAAGAGCCACACGGACACAUCCGUCGCUCUUUACGGUGAAAUACGCGAUAUAGGCCUGAAUCCGCCACAUAAACCGACAAACACAGAGGAAGAUUCGCGUCUCUUAUGCGCUGCUGUGUGUCACUGUCACGAUCAAACCCGUUAGGAGGAAAAACCGAGUCAUUUAUGGCAGCGAUCGAGCGAGUGCACGAAAAGAAAAUCCAGAAAUAACGGACGAUUGUGGAGCGACGUUAUAUUUUAUUCAAAGGGUUUGGCCUCCCAACUGAACUGAAGAAAACCAUGGAAUCCUCUUCUUACAGCAUCUGAAAAAGAAUAGCAUAAACAAGACAUGAUGGAAGAACCUUAUAAAGAUUCUGCAGCCGUAGAAAUGCCAAACCCUCAGGAGGAGGUCUCUAACAGUGUUGCCACCACAGCUGGUCCAGUUGGGAAGCUGGAAAGUAAGACCACUCCAAUAAUCCCAACUGAGACAUGGAAUGUAAGCUCUCCCACCAUCACAAAACGAUCCCUCACACCCCUGCUAACACUACAGGCUGCCCCAGUGGUGACCCCUGCCGCUGAGUCUCCAAACAGUGUUGCCCUGAAAGUCGCAACAACUCUCCUUCAGCCAAUCUGCUUGGGCGAGAAUCCAGUGGUGCUGCCUAUACUUGCUGGCCCAGCUGCCCCUCAAGUUGGACAAUCAGGGGCAACUUCGUAUCUGAUGACCAGCCAGGGUCCUGUGUCCCUGCCCCUAGUCCUGGAACAACAAGUCUUCCAACAUCUGAAUCCUCAAUUACUUCAACAAACUACCACCUGUCCUGCAAUUUCCCUUCCAAACAACGUCCUAUGCCAGAACCCUUCCCUUGCUUUUGGUCCACCUCCAGUUCUGGACCAGAAAGGUCCAGUGUUGGAUACUAGUCUAUUGACUCUCCUUCAGAACCCUAAUUUUGCUGCAAUCUUGCAGGAUCUCUUCCCUGGCCAAGGAAACUCUUCACCUACUUGUCACCCAGUGUCUUCCCCUCAAGUAGACCUUGCCUCUGCUUUUCUUCCUCCUCCCCCUAUCUCACACACCUACAGCUCCCCAUUAGCCUCUCUGGUGCCUCCGGCCACCCUGCUUGUCCCCUAUCCCAUUGUUAUCCCACUUCCAGUACCUCUUCCAAUCCCAGUACCAAUCCCAGUACCUGUUUCUACAUGCAAGGAAUCCAAGGUAGAUGUAGACUCCCAUAAAUCAACUUGUACUUUGAGCAAAAGUACACAGACUUCCCCCAGUGACAUUUCCCCUCACUUGACAUUAUCUGGCAAGGAAAUGGUAUUUGUCCAACCACCUCUUCCUUCUUCCUCAUCCCCUGUAGUGAUAGACGGGGAAGUGCUAGACUUAUCCUUUAGAGCGCCUCAAACAUCAAUGCAUGUUCAGAGUCCACAAGGGGUCCAACCAUUUCAGCAAGACAGCGUCCUUGAUUUGUCUGUGCCUAGUAUAAGAAAAACAUGCAUCCAGUCAUAUAGCACAUAUGGGCCGUUGGCCCCUGAACGGGAGAGAGUGUGCCACAUUGGGGACAAUUUCAGCAGUGGGGCUUUGGCUCUUGGGGUUCUCCGGCCGGCAGACUGCACCCCUAAACUAGAUACCAAGCUGCUAAGUGGUCUGGCGUCUCUGGAGUUCAGUCGACAGCACAAAUGGGUGGUAGACAGUGGCCACAGUAGUGCAAUGGCUGGGGCGGUACAUGAAUCUGCCCUUGGUGGAAGUGGUAAUAUCGAGAUUGUCAGCACGUCGCAGACUGCCAAAGUUAUUGUGUCAGUCAAAGAUGCGAUGCCUGCCAUUUUCUGUAGCAAGCUAAAGGGAUUGUCAGGGGUUUCUACAAAGAACUUCUCCAUCAAACGUGAUGCCAGUCAGGGGGCAUUCGCAGCUCUGCCCAGGGUCCAUGGUGACCAGCGAAGAGAAUCCAGUGACCAACUCAAAAAAAUCCCCAAAAACAGAGGCAUCAAAGUGAAGAAAGUGAGCUCCCAGGAGAUUCAUAUACUGCCCAUAAAAAAGCAAAGACUGGCUGCGUUUCUUCCAAGAAAAUAACACAUACUCUCACAUGCAGAGUGAGAAGGAGAAAUCAAGGAUAUAAGCAAAGGACGAGCUACUGAGAUUGUGAAAGAAAACUGACAUUGAGAUACAGAGAGAACCAGGGAUUGCUGAUGCUAAAGGCAUUCGUGGAUGAAAUAAGGCUUAAGAUAUUCUCUAAGAUGUCCAAAUGAUUUAGAUCAAUGUGGGCUGCAUCUGGUCUGUUGUUAGCCAUUUGAUUCAUUCAUUAUAAAGCAAUCACAAGAAGUAAACAGGAUAAAGAAUGCUCCAAAUGAAGGAAGGAAUCAGAAUUGGCCAAACUGCACUACUACUGAUAUUCUUUAGCAUUUCCUGCAAUAAUGCCAGAACCAUUUCCUCAAAUAUGCAUUUUGAGUUUGCCCACACAUCCUCAUGUAUUAUUCAUAAUACUUAAUCUGCAUUGGCAUUAAUAUGCAUGAAAUCUGUUUUGAAUCCUGGCCAGCAGUCAUGGGUUUUUCACAAGAAACAAUGUAUAGUACUGACAGAUUCUUGUCUUGCCAACAUGCUAAUUCUUGCUGUCCUCUGCGGUUUACACUCCAAACACAAGAACACUCGUAUUUAUUUAUUUUUUUUUUUUGUCUAAAUGAACUGUAGAAGGGAACUGUGACCUUUUACUCCCCUAAUCACUGUAUUAAUCAGUGGGCCACUGAAGCAAAGCGUGCUCUUUGAAGAAGAGGAGGGGUUUUCAUUUAGCAUGGCAGCCUGAUAAUGACUUGGCAAAGUGCAGACCUCACUUUCAUCAAGUCGGAUGAUUGGAGAAAAUGGUUGUCAGUAGCAACAAAAUAUAGUUUUCAUCAUCUUCUCUUUAGGGGGGUAGAAAGUCUCCCCUGCCUGCCCUGUCUAAAUUAAAACUAAAUAAUCAUCAGGGGCUCGCCCUUAACUCCAGCAAAUCUGUGUUAAAUUGCUUAUUAGUGCUUUGUUAAGGUUGUGGGCUCAUCCAAAAGCCAGUUUUUUAGGCUGUUGUCAGACAGUUGCGUGAAUAUACUAAAGUUCUGCACAAAUUCCUAUCUUCAAAGUGUCUACCCCUUAGCAAACAAAAUGUAAUCAAUAAAUCAUUAAUUUAUUUUCUUACAAUCUAUUCUUUUGUCUUAAAGUCAACAUGAGAUCAAAAUUGACACUAUGUACUAUGUAUCAUAUUGUGCACAAUUCAUCAGUGCAUGUUAUUCCAAAGAAAACAAAGGUUUGUCUUCGUAAUGUCCACCUCUUUGUUCACUUUCCUUUUCCGCUGAUGUCAUGUAGGUUGUGCAGGCGAUUGAUUAUUCAAGAUAAGCUCAAUCGACAGCAUUUGUGGCAUAAUUUAGACUUAAACAAAAAAAAAAGUAAACAAAUUUAAUUGCCAAAAAAAAAAGAAAAGAGGCAAAAAUCAAGGUUACAAUGAGGCACUUACAAUGGAAUCUAAUGAGGCCAAUUUUUUGAGGGUUUAAAGGCAGAAAUGUGAAGCUUAUAAUUUUAUAAAAGCACUUUUAUAAAAAGUUAAAACUUCUGUUAAAACCUGUGGUCAAAAAGCCUCCUUAAAAGUGGGUGCUGAUGGUGCUCUGACGAGUUUCACUCGUAACAAAGAAACCUGCAACAUAUGGUCAUGUGACAAUAACGUGGCAUACGACUGUUUAAAGAUUUUUGUUACAUAACGCGUUGUUUCACAUGAUAUUAAAAAAUAGUAGGCAGUAUACAGUGUAUACUCUGCAGUAUGCCACAAUAUUCCAUUUCGAACACAGCCAUAACAGUAUUUUCGUGCUCUUGUUGCUUCUAGGUGGUUAUAUGAUUAUAUUUUCAUUUGACUGGGGGUUUGAUUGACAUUCUUUGGGUGUGUAUCAAACCACAUGUUUCCACCCUCUCAUUAACCUUCUGAUCUACCCAGUCAGUUUAGCGUCCAACUAGUUAAAACCCUGUUACCACUGACAGGCCCAAGAUCACAUACUACCAUAAGCUAACUCAGACAAAUUAGCCCCAAGGGCAUUUCAUCAAACUCCCUACAAUUAUCUGACAAGCAUGAGUGACCUUAGAAGGUCAGCAAAUCAUAUUUUAUUCCACAGGAAACGCAUUACAUUUCAAAGUUACACGCUUGAGUUUAUAUAUAUAAACUAGAAUUUAUUGCUUAUUAUCAAAUGCACAUCAGCAUGUUGACUCCACGCAUAAGGACAUAUCGACAGAGAAACUACCAGUGCUUAGCUUUGAACCUUUGAUCGUUGAGUACGGCCAAGUCUAGAUGAGCCUGAUUAGUUAACAGAUCAACAUUUCAUGUAACAUUUUAAAGUGUUUUUGGAUAUGCCCAGAUGAGAAGCAACUGUUUCCCUUACACACUAGAGAAACUAAACUUUCAGAAUACUCUAAAACAAUGAAAAUAAUGAGGCAGGAUUUAUUUGACAUAUCAGUAUGUAAUGUGCUUUCUCGUAGGGAUGCACUGAUAUGAACAUUUUUGGCCGAUACCGAUUUUAACAAAAAACUAUUGGCCGAUACUGAUACCGAUAUUUAACAAUGUUUUGCUCAGAAAUUAUGUUUUUAAAAUGUACAGAGAGGUACAAAACGUCUGUCCUAACAACAAAUGAUUUCCACUGAACAUGAAUUGGAUCUGUUGAACACAUGAUAGACCAACAAUUUAAAGAGAGCCACAAUGAGAGAUAAAUAGAAGAUAAAAAGAAAAUAUAACAAAAUUUGAUAACAUGAUGAUUGAUAUGAAAAAAAGUUAUUUUGUACUUCUAGCAAAUUUUCACUUCAGUUUUUGCAGUUCAAAACAACAGAACUCACAUUUGACAUGUUUGUACUGUAUACAGUAUAAUAGAACAGCACACAUUCAUAUUAUACAUAUGUUGGGCAAUUCCACAGAAAUGUUAACCACAUCAUGGAAAAAUAAAAAGUUACCAAAGGAGCAAAAUGCCCUUUUAAGUUCUAUCGUGGUUUAAUGGAUAAUGGAAAAUGCCAUCCAGACCGCUAGAGGGUGCCGCUUGCUUACACAAUGCUGACUGAAGUCUAUUUUUAAUCUAUUUGUAAUCACACAGGACCAUAUUAGGAUUUCAAUCUUAAUCAAUCGUACCAAUGUCUCAGAAGUCAAAGUUUGCUGGUUUCAAAGUGUUUCGGAGGGUUUUAUCUCAUCCUGUAUAGGUAAGUGUCGCUUUCACAAACAUCACGUCUGUAAUGACGGUUUUUCCUCAUUAUUGUGAGAGCGAGACAAACAUUUUUUAAUAUAUUACAUGUUCUUAGGAGCACCAACCCUUUUAUACUCUGUGGCUAUCAUUAUUUCUGGAUUUUGCAUUUAAAUUCAAAGAGUUUUUACAAAGUGUGUUAUUAAUUAAUUGUAAAUAAACCAUCUGUUUUUCAUAUCGGCGUUUUUAUGCUAAAAACCAAGUUGCCGAUGGUUUUAAUUUAGUCAUUAAUUGGCCGAUAAAUAUAGGCAGCCAUGUUUAUUUAAUGGAAUUCCAGGAAGGCGCCUUAUUAAAUGUUGAAUAUUCUGAAGUAUCAUCAUCAACUUCAAUAAAUUAACCAUUUUUUGACAGUACAAUUAAAUGUUGGGAUUAUACGGUUAAAGCUGAGGUGAAAUAUUGUUCGCAACCCAUUUUAUUUCCACAAUGUGAUGAGUGAAACAUGAUAUUCAAUGAGAAAAAAGUUUGAUUUGAGUUUAUCCAUCAGAAAUAGAUUAGAUUGUGAAAAGUGGGCGGUACAUACCAGAAUGCAGCCAUGUGAUUGGAGGGGCUGAAAAAGUAAGAGUGCUUGGUGAUAUCAUCUGAAAAGGACAGUUGUUUCACAGGUGGAGUAUGUUAUUACAUUUUGAUAAAAGAUUAUAAGAAUUACACUUUGGAAAAACAUGCAAUGAUGAAUUGUGCACAAAACGAUUAAGAAAUUUCAUGUUCGCUUUACUACUAAAUACUUUCUAUGAACUGCUGUGCAAUUUUACUUGUCUCGAUGUCAGUACUGAAUUGUGUGUGUGUGUUAAAGCCUUAAAUCAUUUUCCAGCAUGUGAUUUAGUCUCACAUUUUCCCAUAUCUCCACUAGAAACGAUGACCUUCGGCAUGAGUACCAGUUUAUGAAUAAACCACGACUGUUUCUAUGAUGUGAAUUAAUGUGUCAGAGAACUUUUAUAGGUACUGAAAUUUAAGUAUCAAACGUUUUCUAUCAUGAACUUUUGUAAACAACUGAAUGGAUAAAAGAACGCAAAAAAGGCUGGUCGUGUUUUAAAUUAUUUAUUUAUUAUUUGUAUUAUUUAAAAUGUUGGAAAUGUGUACGUGAAGAAUGCAUUGCCUUUAAAAAUUCAUGAUUAAAAAUGUAUCUGGUA